GAACACUGACCACUGAAGGGUUAGCAACAGCAAGGUGGAGCCACUCCCAUUAUCAUUCCUCCUCAUUUAAACCCCUAUUAUUGCUGACUCUCAGAUUACAGGAGAGGCUUUAAGGUCCCAAAUCAACAUCGCUGCUUUCUGGAAGUCCCAGUUCCCCAGUCAGAGUUAUGCAAUGCUCUUCUGUGUCUCCUCUCCAAGUGCACUAAACACAACUUCCAUUAUAAUAAAUGUAUGAUAUGCCAGAGAUGUUCCUGAACAAGUUGGCUGACGGUGCAAGCUUCAAAAGGGAUACUUAAAUGGCCAGCCCCAUUCAUCCCAUAAGCCAGGAAAGGUAUGUUAAACAUUGGAGCUAUUUCUCUUAACUUUCCUCAGGAAUAUAAAUCUGUUGAAGAAUCUGAAGAGUCACAUCUUCUGAGCCUAGACAUACUGCUGUCAGCAUCUCUGAGACUUCCUCCUUCUGAAAAUUACCAGGUCUGACUUUGGCUCCAGCCUACGGCGAGGCACAUCAACACACGUCCUCUAGACUUACAGCCCUCAAGCUGUGCCAGCUGGGCAGGAACCUUACCACCUCCAUCCUUAGGGGAAAUUCCGAGCAACACGAAGGGUGAAAACUCAGAUAUGCUGAGCCUGAAAUGUACAAAAGUUUUUAGGAAGUCUCCUCACAGAAGAACCCAGUUAAAUCCACAUAAUUAGCUCGCACACUUAGACGAGCUGUAGGUAGAACAGAGAGCCUUUUUCCCUAUAUCAAAACAGAGUAAAAAAGUCUGAUUUAAUACUCAGAGAUUGUUGUUCCCAUACCAGUAUUAUAAAACAGUUUCACCGUAUUUGUUUUAAUCAGUAUAAGAGUAGAACUGUGGAACAUAAGUUAUCUAUAUAUUAUUUUUUUAAUGAUAAAGAGUUUCUGAUAAAAUCUAUUUAGGACAGGGGUGCUGUGUUGGAGGACAGAGUGUGGCCAUUGCCAAAUUAGAACAUUACCAUUUUCUGGCUUGUGCACUACUGACUUUGUUCGGGUCGUGAUUGCUUUGCAUGAGAUUGUUAGAAUACUUCCAGUAUAUUUAGAGAUAGUCUAAGUGACUGUGGAAUGCCUCGAGGGCAAUAGAAAGCAAACAGAAUCAGGUACCAUCUGAUGUGUUGAGUGAUGACGGAGGUGCAUUUCAAGUACCAUGGAAAUCUCACUGGCCGGGCCCAUUUCCCUACCCUGGCGACAGAGGUUGACAACACUUCGGAUAAGUAUUCCAACCUCUACAUGUACGUGGGCUUAUUCCUGAGCCUCCUGGCCAUUCUCCUCAUCCUGCUCUUCACGAUGCUUCUUCGGCUUAAACAUGUCAUCUCACCCAUCACUUCCGAGAGCACGGAAAGUGUUCCUCAAUUCACAGAUGUAGAGAUGCAGAGUCGAAUCCCCACUCCUUAAAGCCAGGAUGAAUAUAAGCUUUCUUGGAUCUCAUUAAACCCUUGCAUGUUGACGUCCAGGAAAGCUUAUUUUGUUGCAUGUGGCUUCCCAUGUAAGGAAUCAACAAGUUGUCUAUUUAACAAGGUAUUCAUGAUUUUUUUGUGUGUUCUUGAUUCUGCUUGUGGGAUAUCUAAAAGGUUUAAGACUCAUUCUUUGCCAGGAAUAAAGGAAAUGGCAGCUGGUUGGGAGGGCAGGUUUCCAUAGUAACCAAAGAGAGCCUGGGCCUUGAGCAAACCUCAGACCACAGAAAUUCAUAUGCAGCUAUCGUAAAAAACAUAGGAUCCCUGGAAGCUUCAAGAACAAGAAAAAUCUGCUUUUGAAGGGGCUGGUUGUUCAAAGAGGGUACCCCCAAGAAAAGGACAAGUCUUUUUUUUUUUUUUUUUUUUUUUUUUUUUUUUUGAAAAGGACAAGUCUUAAUUUAGCACUUGGACUCCAAAGAAUUGCCUCUGCUGAUCUGAAGCUAAAUCAUGUCAAAGAUUAAUGGAAGGGACCACGAACCCUUUUCCAAAGGAGCAGUGAUUUUAUCAUCUAAGGCCAUUGGGUUUGUCCCAAACCAAAGAUGAGAUUUAAAAAAAAAAAAAAAAAAACUAUUGCAGUUUAAA